AUGCCCCCGCGACGUCGCAAACUCCCUUUCCGCCUACGACUCCUACGACUCUACUACCGUAUCAUCCAUUUCAGAUCGCCUCUUAAGCUACGAGCGAGCAUUGUCAGGUUAAGACAUGACCAUCCCCGGCCGUGGCUCUGUCUUUUGCAACUUUUCAACCCUUUUCCUACAUGGUUAUAUCCAGUCUCCGACCCCGUUCCCUCCAAGCAGAUGUUGGGAAAUGUCUCCUUAAUGAUGGCCCGAAGAAACCAUAUUGUUACAUUCCGCAACAUUCCAGUUUGGCGUUCACGAGAUACCCCUUUGCGUUCUUUAUAUCGUCUUUAUGAAUCUAUGGCUUCGGGAGAGUAUGCCCCCAUGGGCCAGGAGACAGAGUACUUUUGGUACCAGAAUCGGACAUGCCUCGCCGAAGAGCUAGUAAAUGCUUUUAAUUGGAGAUUGGGCUUGGGCAUGCGACGAGACCAUAAACAUGUUUUGCGGGAAGCUGAUGAGGACCCCUAUCCGGCUUAUGCGCCUGUAAUUGGGCCGUCUUGGACGAAAGAUGUCCCUCCUAUUUCCCGGGAGGAUUUAUGUGCCCUUCCCCAGGGGUUUGUGAACAGUGAGGGGAAAUUAGUCCUUGAGGAGAACGGGAAGAACGAAGUUUUCGCGCGGCGAAACAUUGUCACGAAUGUGGGCUGGUUGUAUACGAUUUAG